AUGGCCCCCCAUCUCUAUUGUGUUUGCCCUGCAGCACUGCAUAUCUCAACGGCGGUCCGCACGGCAUAUCUGAACGGCGGUCCGGUGUGCUGCGUGUGGUUCUGGUGGAUCACUGCCUUCUUCGCCCACCUGCUCGCCCUCUCCUUUGCAGAAAUCGCCUCCUCCUUCCCUACAGCUGGCUCGCUCUAUUUCUGGGCGGCUGCUCUUGCUGGCCCAAAGUACGGGCCAUUUGCCGCAUGGAUCACUGGCUGGUUGGAGUUCGUGGGAGUGUCAGUAGGAGUGGGUGGAGUGGCGUUUGGGGGCAUCCAGCAGAUCAUGUCACUCGUGCUUCUUGCCACAGGCGGCGGCGCCAACGGUGGCGGAUACAACUUCCCCGACUACCUGAAGUUUCUAUCCUGCGGUGCCAACGGGGGCGGAUACAUCUUCCCAGACUACCUGCAGUUCCUGGCGUGCGGUGCCAACGGGGGAGGAUACAUCUUCCCAGACUACCUGCAGUUCCUAGCCUGUGUGGCGCUCAUCCUCGUGUGUGCUGCCAUCAACGUUCUUCCCAUUAAGCGCGUGGGGCAAGUGCUGGCCGUUGGGACAGUGCUGCAGGCAGACAUGCAGUUCCUGGCGUGUGUGGCGCUCAUCCUCGUGUGUGCAGCCAUCAAUGUUCUUCCCAUUAAGCGCGUGGGGCAAGUGCUGGCCGUUGGGACAGUGCUGCAGUGGCACUGGUGUUUAUUUAUAGUCACUCGCUCUGCUGGCACAUUCACACUCAUCAUCCUCUUCUGCCCUCACCUCAUCUCCCUGUUUCUUCCCGCUUCCCCCCCUUUGUUCCACCAGAUUCUAGUGGCACUGGUGUUUAUGAUCACACUCCCUGCUGCCGCAUUCACACGUACGCUCGUCUUCCACCUCUGUCUCUUUCCCUGUUCCUGCUUUGUCCUCCCUCCCCCUUACUUACUCCACCCAGAUUCUGGUGGCAUUCGUGUUCAUAAUCACGCUCCCUGCCGUCGCAGAGACCCAUCAGCCAGCCUCGUGGGUGUUCGGGCACUUUGA